ACUUUGGAACAUUCUUCAUUGCAGGGUUUAACUUUUUCGUCGAUCCUCCGUCGAUCAAAAAUGCUUCAACUGGGUGAUUUCAAUGGUCGACUAGUUACUGGUCGAAUCGUGCAUAGAGUGCAGGAUGAUGUUUACAUAGAUUUUGGAAUGAAAUUCAAUGCCGUCUGCAAGGUGCCAGCUGUGAAUUCUGAGACAUAUCGUGAAGGAGCUACAGUAUUAUUACGCCUUCACGAUCCUGAAUUAAGUGAGCAAUUUUUGGGUUCAAAACACGACUUGACUCUUCUCGAAGCCGAUGCCACCUUAGUCCGACUACUUCGUUCGUCUGGAAAAUCGGGAAAAGGUUGUAUGCAUCAAGAUAUAGAAUAA